AUGGCGACUCCAGAGGAGAAGCACGAGCAGAGACAGUUGGAGAUGGCCAAAGACCACGAUGCCGCAUCGUCGUCAGACCCCGAAUCGGGAGUCGAUCAAGCCGUCAUAGGCCCAGCAUGGAUGUACAAGCCCUUGUUUAAGUGGGGGAAAUGGGAGGCCCCCUAUUUUGCCUCCCCAGAGAUGCAAUUGUACCUGGUCUCCUUCGUCUGUUUCCUGUGUCCUGGCAUGUUCAAUGCCGUGAGCGGACUCGGCGGCGGUGGGCAGGUCAACCCCCACGACGUGAACAAUGCCAAUACCGCCCUGUAUAGUACUUUCGCCGUGGUGGGAUUCUUCGCAGGCUCCAUUGCGAAUCGGAUUGGGCUCCGAAUGACCCUCUCCAUGGGAGGAUUGGGCUACUUCCUCUAUGUGGCCGCCCUCCUGUCAUACAACAUCAACGAGAAUGCAGGCUUCCUGAUCUUCGCGGGAGCCUUCCUCGGAGUAUGUGCGGGUCUGUUGUGGUGUGCACAAGGCGCAGUCAUGCUGAGUUAUCCGCAUGAGCACGAGAAGGGCAAGUACAUUGCCAUCUUCUGGGUCAUUUUCAACCUCGGUGGUGUGAUUGGCAGUUUGGUCCCUCUCGGCCAAAACAUGCACUCCGACGCAGGAAAAGUCAACAACGGUACCUAUAUCGCAUUCCUGGUUCUCAUGGCGAUCGGAUUCAUCCUCUGUUGGUGCAUUGCCGACUGCAAGCACGUCAAGCGCAAGGACGGCUCACGCAUCAUUGUCAUCAAGAACCCGACUUGGAAAUCUGAAUUCCUGGGCUUGUGGGAAACACUUCUCAAGGACUCCUACAUCGUUCUCUUGUUCCCCAUGUUCCUUGCCAGUAAUUGGUUCUAUGGAUACCACUUCAACGCCGUCAACCUGGCCUACUUCAACGUGCGCACCCGCGCCCUCAACAGUCUUCUGUACUGGCUGAUGCAAAUGGUGGGUGCCUUUGUCUUCGGUCAGCUCCUCGAUAUGAAGGGCCUGUCUCGUCCCUGGCGCGCCAAGAUCAACUUCGGCAUUCUCCUCGCUGUCACCAUGGCCAUUUGGGGCGGUGGUUAUGCUUUCCAGAAGCAGUACACUCGGGAGAGCGGGCAGAUUGAAACCGACUUCUCCGACAGUCACUACAUCGGGCCAAUGUUCUUGUAUAUGUUUUACGGUUUCUACGAUGCCGCCUUCCAGACCUGCACCUAUUGGUACAUGGGAUCUCUCUCCAACAACAGCCGCAAGCUGGCCAAUUUCGCUGGCUUCUACAAGGGUAUCCAGUCUGCCGGUGCUGCCGGCAUGUGGAGCUUGGAUGCGAAGAAAACACCCUAUAUGGUCGAAUUUGCCUCUUGCUGGGGUAUUCUCGUGGGCAGCAUGCUCAUCGCCUCGCCCGUCAUCUUCUUCAAAAUCAAGAACAGCACUGCCGUCGAGGAAGAUCUGCGGUUCUCGGAUAACACCGCCGCCGACGUGAUGGGCACAACCCACGAGCUCGCUGACAUGGAGAAGCCUCAGCAAACCGAAGACCGCCCACCCACAUUGACCCUUCACGAAUCUCAAGAGGAGCCCUCCAGGGCUUGA